AUGCCUCCCUGGUGUCAAUUGCUAAGUGGGCGUAUUCCGGCCCAGGGUCUGGUGCUCCGCUCUGCACAAUCAACGCAGCGGACGUAUGCGACGGCGGUGACGGCAUCCGUGCCCGCGCCCGCUGUUAAGAAUCCUCUUACACGACGACGCGGCGGCGACCUCGGCCACCAUCUUCCCAAGGAUGUCAUCCCGAGAGAUGCCUAUAUUCCCCCAUACCCGUAUGGCGACCACCAGCUGUUCAAGCAGGCCAACAAAGGUCUAUAUGGCCACAAAAGGAUUCGCUUCGGCAACAAUGUCUCCAAAAAGACAGAGACAAAGACACGGCGGAACUGGAAGCCCAAUGUCCUCCAAAAGAGCCUGUACUCGGUCGCGUUGAAGAAGAAGAUAAAGCUGGUCCUUGCCAAGCAUAUACUCAAGAUAAUAGACCGUGAAGGUGGCCUAGACGAGUACCUGCUCAAAGACAGCGAGGCGCGCAUCAAAGAGUUAGGACCCAUGGGAUGGGCGCUGCGAUGGACCCUGAUGCAGAGGCCUGAGGUUAUUGAUCGACUGAGAGCAGAUGCUGCUGCACUGGGCCUAGACCAGUCAACAAUUGACGAGCAAUGGCCUACGCCAGCCAUGAUAGCCGAGCAGAAGGCUGCACGACGCACAGUCACGACAGACGUCGAAAAUUAUAAUCCGGAAGAAUACGUCUUCGCCGAUACCGAAGAACAAGUAAUGUGGGAGCCAAGAGAGGAGCUAGAAAAGACAAACGGACUCAAAUUUGGCAAGAAAGCCCAAUCCACGGAAUACAAGAGGGCAAUCAUUGCUGCCGAACGCUAUAUCCGCCGCGGUAUGGUAGACAGUGUAGAGGAAGGUAUCAAACUGGCCUUCAUACGAGCCAAAGAGCGCGAAGAGGCAUUCAAUGCCAACAUGACCAGUUUCUCCGAAAAAUUGGAAGCAAUGGACUUCACCCCCGAGGAUCUGCAGGAUAUCAAAGAGCGCUUAAAGCGACCCAAGAUGUCAGACUUGAAUGCUGCUAGGCUUCUCCACAAUGAACGGAAGAAGAAGGAACUUGACGAGGCGAGUGGUCUGGAAGACAGGAAUGCAGCAGACACUGCCCUUGAGAAGGAGAGGGCAACGGCGAUUGCUGCUCAGAUCGCCGAAGCUGGCGGAGAAGAAGCUUAUCGCGCCCAAAGAAAAGCCGAGUACGCCCAGAUGAUCAAAGAAGCUGAGGGUGCUUCUACAAAUGAGGCAUUGGAUCCUGAACGCCGAGAAUAUCUCCAGAUGGCCAUGCGCAAGGCAGACAUAGCCAUCAGAGCCAAAGCCGAAGCGUCCGGUAGCUAUGCAAAAGCCAAAGCAGCAUACAGGAGAGGAUUGUAUGAGGAGUUCGGCGACCCAAACGAGUCUUCUAAUCGCGCAUCGAGAGACGAAAUGCUUGCUGAUGGUAUUUCCUGGGACGCCAUCGUCAAGUCGAGUAACAAACGAUGAAGAGAGCCUGUCUCUCUAAGCUUGAGUAGACGGACGUGCUAUACGAAUUAAGCUGUUCUACCAUCGUUGUUUUAUGUACAUUGAACUUGGAAUAACAGUAUUCCACAACAAAUUCGUUGGUCGUUUACCA